AUGGAUCUCAAGGUGGGCUGGGCCCAAUGGUUUGGCCCACGUUUAAAAUCAUGGCAAAUCAUAACCGGAGUUUCAUCUCACGAAUCUGCCCAACCAUCCAACGUCGAACUCCAAUCUUUCUCUUCUCCGGUGAGCCCUCUUGCGCCGGUGCCGUCGACCACCUUCUCAGAAAGUAUGGCAUCCAACAGGGGUCAAGGUGGAAUUCAACAAUUGCUGACUGCAGAGCAAGAAGCUCAACACAUUGUCAAUGCUGCCAGAAGUGCAAAAAUGGCUAGACUGAAACAAGCCAAAGAUGAGGCUGAAAGGGAGAUUGCUGAAUCCCGUUCCCAAGUGGAGCUUCAGUUCCAGAAGAAAUUUGCAGCGAGCAGUGGAGAUUCAGGGGCUAAUGUGAAGCGUCUUGAACAUGAAACUGAGCACAAGAUCAAUCACCUCUCUUCCGAGGCCUCAAGGAUUUCAAGUGAUGUUGUGCAAAUGCUUCUGAAGCAGGUGACAACAGUGAAAGUUUAA